AUGAGUAGCACCUUAGCCAAGAUCGCGGAGAUCGAAGCCGAGAUGGCUCGAACUCAGAGGAACAAGGCCACAGCGCACCACCUAGGGCUGCUCAAGGCUCGUCUUGCUAAACUUCGUCGAGAACUCAUUACUCCAAAAGGUGGUGGUGGUGGUGGGCCAGGAGAAGGUUUCGAUGUAGCCAAGACAGGUGAUGCCCGAAUUGGAUUUGUGGGUUUUCCAUCUGUGGGGAAGUCAACCCUGCUCAGUAACCUGGCAGGGGUAUAUUCUGAGGUGGCAGCCUACGAAUUCACUACUCUGACCACUGUGCCUGGUGUCAUCAGAUACAAAGGUGCCAAGAUCCAGCUUUUGGAUCUCCCAGGUAUCAUUGAGGGUGCUAAGGAUGGCAAAGGUAGAGGCCGUCAAGUCAUUGCAGUGGCCCGAACCUGUAACUUGAUCCUGAUUGUUCUGGAUGUCCUAAAGCCCUUGGGACACAAGAAGAUAAUUGAAAAUGAGCUCGAAGGCUUUGGCAUUCGCUUGAACAGCAAAUCUCCCAACAUUGGCUUUAAGAAGAAGGACAAGGGAGGCAUUAAUCUCACAGCUACUUGUCCUCAGAGUGAGCUGGAUGCUGAAACUGUGAAGAGCAUUCUGGCUGAAUACAAAAUCCACAAUGCUGAUGUGACUCUGCGUAGUGAUGCCACAGCUGAUGACCUCAUUGAUGUGGUGGAAGGAAACAGAGUUUAUAUCCCAUGUAUCUAUGUGUUAAAUAAGAUUGAUCAGAUCUCCAUUGAGGAAUUGGAUAUCAUUUACAAGGUACCUCACUGCGUACCCAUCUCUGCCCACCACCGCUGGAAUUUUGAUGACCUGCUGGAAAAGAUCUGGGACUAUCUGAAACUAGUGAGGAUUUAUACUAAACCCAAAGGCCAGUUACCAGACUAUACAUCCCCAGUUGUGCUGCCCGACUCCAGGACCACGGUGGAGGAUUUCUGCAUGAAGAUUCACAAAAAUCUUAUCAAAGAAUUUAAAUACGCUCUGGUCUGGGGUCUCUCUGUGAAACACAAUCCUCAGAAAGUGGGUAAAUCACACUUGUUGGAGGAUGAGGAUGGCAUUCAGAUUGUGAAGAAGUGAAACCUUCCUCUUUUUCCACUGCUGGGCCAGCACAGCAGCAGCAGCAGCAUUCCCCAUGACCAAGCACCCUGCUCUCAAAUCCCUCCUCAGCUGCUCACUGGGUCAGGAUUCAGGGGGAGGGAGAUGGAAACACACACACUGGAAUUUCACUUGUCUUAGUUGUCACCUUGUCUGUUGAACUGUAUAAAGAACCUGGUCUGCAGCUGGCUACGUGCA